UGUCAGCGCAGAACACCACGGGAAGCGGAUUGAUAUGGAUGACCAUUGCCAGUGACUUCAGCAGAGUCAUGAGACUUUUGGGAAGUCUUGCAGUGUUUACCAUCUACCUUUGCUCUUAUGCAGACAGUCUUAGCAGUCACGGUAAAAAUGUCUGUCACCACACAGUGACAUUCAAAGUUGCGACCCAGGAGCGUUACCAUGCGCACUGUAAAUUCCUGGGUUGGGGAAGAUGCGCUAGAUAUCGGACAAAAUACGUCACUAACUCACGUAUAGUGUAUGAAUGCUGUCCAGGGUGGAAGUCUAGCAACAACGUAGACUGCAGUUUAGCCAUCUGUUACAACAGGGACAAGCGUAAUGGAGCCUGCAGCGAGAAAGGAAGCUGCGUGUCACCAAACAGGUGUUCCUGUCAGACUGGCUAUACUGGAACUCAGUGUGAAAAAUGUCUUGAUAUGCGUGGAGAUCCCGAUCAUUCCAUCUGGUGGCGAAAUAGGGAUAAUCCCGACUGCGCUCUGACCUGUUCGUGGAAGAACCAGUGGUGUUGGCCUGGCGACUGCCCAGAAGCAAGAUUCAAGACAUCCUGUAGAUGUCGGAAGGGCUUUGUGAAGAAAAGCACCAGCAGCUACACAAAGUGUGAUCUUGUUGAGAAGCCCCAACUUCUAACGUGCCGCAUUGGGAUGACCGAUAUACAGAACCGCGUGAGAAACUCCACACAUGGCUCUAACACGGGAUGUCAACAAGAAUCCGAUACAUAUGUCAACCUGCAACCCAAAUCUGUCUACCUUCAGUUCAGCUCAAAGUUCGACGAUAUUUACAUUAAAAAUCCCCCAAACUACAUCUCUCAGCAAGGAUACGGAAUAGUUGCUUCAAAGGCGACAUGGACGAAGAGAUCUGUUUCUGGACAUGAAUCUAGCCUGUCCACAAUUAAAUUGUCCGGCGGAAAUGACUGCUCAAAAGCACUUGGGAACACUUCACCAUCUCCAUCCUUGACAUGUUCAAGGACUGUAUCAGCACCGACACGAAUGCAUGAUGGAGAAUGGCUGUGCAUACACUUUUCGGCUACUGGAGGGGGAUUCUACAAGUAUCAAGACUUUGAUAGACACUACAAAGGAAUCCAGACUUACACUCCACAAACGUCCACCAAACAUCUCUGUUUCCGGUAUGAUAUGAGUAAACCAACACACUGCUCCAAGCUCAGAACGGGGCAUUGUUCCUCACAGCCACUAGAACUAUCAACCCGCAUAACGCGUACAGGUUCGAUCCAAGUAAAAACCUCUGGCUGGACAGAUCCAAAACCGACAGGUGGAAAGUCUGAUACAGCAUCUGGAUUAAAAUACAUUAAAAUACAGGUUCUCAAGACUACAAUUAAACAAAAUAUGAUUGAUGUCCUGCACACGCCGCUUAAAGGUUUGGAUCUAACGUACAACACGUCAGUGUUGGACAAAUCCAUCAACCUCCCCAGCGCAUAUGGUCUAUAUGCAGUCAUUCUGGAGGUUCAUGACAAGGCUGGAAACAUUCAGUAUGUGCGACGAUUGGUGCUGCACGACAGCUCAUCUAAAUUGAUAAAAGUUUCAUCAAAACCUCUUCGGGUUGUGUCAGCAACACCGAAAUCGAGCUACAGAUGGCAGACAAGCCUUACACCCGUGUGCAUUGACUGGAAAGGCCGUUACUACAAUGACAAAAUGAAGGCAAAUAAAUUGUUGAAUCCAGUUCGUCCCCAGGCGGAAGUGACACAUGAUUUUGACCAAACUACUGGGACGCUUCCAAUAUCAGGGACUUACAAUAUUGAUGGCAUCAUUGAUGUUAUGUAUUCUUUCUCUGUAAACCAGGUUACACAUACCACGCCACACUGGACAAUGGUUCCUCACUUUACCAACCAAUCCCUCUGCAUUUCACCUCAGCUAGUUGAUGGUGACACAUGUGAUAUUUCAAUAAGGCUCAAAGACAUAGCAAAAAACUAUAUUAAUGAAACCGUACAUGUUAACAUUGACUCGACUGGUCCAGAUAUAUCAAACAUGUGGCUCGUAAAGGAUGGAAACAAGCAGGUGUAUGUUCACGACGAUCCCGACCUUUCUGCCAUGGUGCUUCAGUUUGAUGUCAUGGACCCUCACAGUGGCGUGACGUCUGUGGAGUGGUAUCUUGGUACAAAAGAUUCAUCAGACGACCUUGGCCAAGGUGUGCUGCCAGUGGAGAAACUGAAUGGAACGGCAUGUGCAUCCCGUUCCGGUUGCUACUGCCCAUCCGUUGGGGAGUGUCAGUAUCACAACUACACUGUUAAUCUGAAUAAGCUGGUGGCGAACAAAGCCAAUGGCGCUCAGCACAACCAGGCCGUCUACUUCACAGUCAGGGCAACAAACGGGGCAUAUCUGCAGAGUAUCGACCACUUGGACAUCCUUGUGGACACCUCUCCACCUGAAGCAGGGACCGUAAAGGAAGGAGCAGUAGACGGCCCUGAUGUGGAAUACACAAGUGAGAAUACUGUAUUGGUCAACUGGGCAGGGUUUAUUGACCACGAAAGUGGCAUCAACCAUUACCUGGUCAGCCUGGCUCCCAAGUGUCUGACACUGGAUGAAAUGAAGAACAUGACAGACACCAUCCGUAUUCCAGGAAGCAUGAAUAUCGCACAACUUACAAUUCAGAAAGCAAUGAAAAAAUAUCAUACAACCGUUGUAGCCUUCAAUAAUGCUUUCAGUCCUUCAAAAGCUGCCUGUUCUGAUGGGAUCAUUAAGGAUACAUCAUCUCCAUCACUUGGCAAUGUGACACUGAAAGGGGCACAAACAUCAAAGGAACAUGUCGAAUGUCUGAAUGGCGAUCUCUGGCUUGUCACAAGGAAUCUGACACUAAAAUCGGUUGAAAAGACUAGUAAAUGUUCACAGAGAUGCAAAUCCAAGUCAACAUCAACUAUUGCUAACGCAUUUCCAAAGAGUAAUAUUAUCAUGAAUGAUACAGAAUUGGCUGAUAGUCUUUGUGGAUCCCUUGGCCCUAUUGCUGAUUCUCUAAUCUUUCUUCCAUCUGACAAAAUAGAUCUACACUGGAACUACCCAGAAAAUGAAGGUCACAUAAAAGAUGUUUUUGUAGGUUUUGGAUCUGACAAGUCAACAACUUAUGACCCAGAUAUCCUGGACUACGCAUCGAGUAAAGGACGCCAUUCCUUUAAGCUGAACCAUGCAGGGUUUGCGGGGAAGAAUAUUUUCUACAUAUUUCUAAAGGCAGUGAAUAGGGCUGGAAUGAGUGCUGUUGUAACAUUUGGACCAGUGAUGAUUGACAACACACCCCCAGUCAUCACUGAGAAAAUAACACCAAAAUCUAGCGGCGAUUUUGUUAUGAUCUCAUGGCACAAUGAUACGUUUGCCGACCCAGAGCAGCAGGAUUCCCAAUUUACAGUUCUUUACAGAAUUAGGCAUAAUGGACAGCAUGUAACACCUAUUCUCCAAACACCAAAACACAUCACGAAAAUCUGUCAGAUCCAUGGCCAUGCUGGUUGUAUCAGAUAUCCUAUCCAAAGACUAAAAGAGAUGGACUCGGAGCUUAACAAACCAUUUCUCUUUGAACUGUAUGUAUACAAUUCUGCUGGCCAUUUCACUAUCGUCAACACAGAGAAGAUUACAGUGCCAUCCAGAUUCCCACCAGGACAUGGGAUAGUGUAUGACAUUGACCCAAUGCACGAGAGUGGGAAGGAUGACGUUGACUUUCAUUCGACACUAAAGAAGUCAUGUGUCAGGUGGAAUGGCUUCAGUCAUCACCGAAAUGUCCAGUUUGAAGUGGCGCUGGGGUCUGCUACAAAUGGAAGUGACAUUAGUCCAUUCAGACAUGUAAACAACGAAAGUGCAUGUGUACCUGCUUCAGGUCUAAAGCCACGUGUGAAGUAUUUUGCCACAGUAAGAGCGACUUGCUCUGGGGGAACAUCGUAUGCCUCAUCUGAUGGUUUCAUCAUUAUUGAUCAACCAAAUGAUGACCGAUAUAUCCUUGAAGUCUUUGAUGGAACAGCAUGUGACGAUCACAGUUCUGAAACAUCUGGACUAGUCCCUGAAACGAGAAGGUCUUACAAACCAGCUGCAUCUCUCCAUAUUGGUCAGAGAUACAUUGUUGAGUUUCGACCUUCUCUCAAUGGAAAAAUUACGGCACAUGAUGUUCUCUCAAUGUCAAGCAUAAACGUUGGUGGAAAGAAGAAGGACACAUAUCAGUUUGUACCUUUGACACAUUACCCUCGGUUCAACAUGACCAAUUCUGCUGACGACAUCAGCAACUCAACUAUUCGCAUGUGCUCUCUAGACAUUGAUUACAACUUGUCCAAGAACAAAGUGUCUUCUCACUGGCACUAUGAUGGGCCAUGGAAGGUGCUUACAACUCAUUUUGAAGCUGCUCUGAAAGAAAGAAUGCAUUGUGCAAAGAACUCACAAUGUUAUAAAACCCUGUCAACUGUUUUUGUAAACAAUAGGACUGAUUACGCAGACUUCAUGGAUAUUGUCCUUGAACAUGGCAAGGUGUAUCACGUGUAUGUGAGGCCCUGUUUUGACACAGUGUGUUUACCAUGGAAAUCUUCAGAUGGUGUUAAGGUUAUCUCUGGACUACCAAAAGUAACAAUUACACCAACUUUCACCACCAGAGCUAAAUCCUCGUGUCAUGACGUGGCAAUUCAUGUUGACAGUGUUAAAUGUGAAGAAGAACCGGGAGAUUCAGGGACGCUCAUCUACCAGUGGGCUGCUACAGAUAAACAUAACAAUCCGUUUACAUCCUGGCAAACUGACCAGUCACUCGCCAAAGGACAGUCUGAUGUCUGUCUGGAGGACCAUACUGAGUCACACAGUACCAUCAACAUAUGCGUCAGAGUCAUAUGUCCAUCCGGGCUGUCUGAUACGUCCUGUCAAACUCUUCAUCACACCAGAAAACAGGGAAGCAGGCUUGUUGAAGUGGACCAGAAUGAUAUUCAGGAGAUUAAAGAAAUGAUUGACAAGCUGGAGACUGGGAAUAUUUCUUCAUUUGAAAUUGAUGUUGCUGAAUCUAACAUCAAACUGGCUGGUGUAAUGGGUGGAUUAGAAGGCAAAAACUCCACAUGGUACCUGAUGAAAGAACCACACAUUCCAAGUACCUGUAAAGCUGAUGACAAAUGCAUCACAAGUGUAGAUGCUGUAGGGCCUGUUGCUUAUUUCCAUGAUCCAGAGUUACUGGACGGUGUGAAAUAUUACAUAUGUAUGCAAAGUAGGCCUAUCGCACAAAACAGCUCAAGGAUAUCUGAAUGUGGGGAUGGUGUUAUCAUUGAUGACCUUCCCCCUAAACAAGGCGAAGUUCGGGUACUGAACCUACGAAAUGGAUUUCUCACAGAAUGGGAUGUUUUGGUGAUAGAUUGGUCCGGAUUUAGAGACCAAAAAUUGUUCCUCAAGGACACUGAUUCAGGCAUCACUUAUUAUUCCUAUGCCAUAGGUACCUAUCCAGGAGGACAAGAUGUUCAAGCCUUCACAAAUGUUGGCCUUGCACACAACGCACAUAUACCAAACAUUACCUUGGCAAAUGGCGAAACCUUCUAUGUAACGCUGAAAGCUUUUGACCGACUUGGACACUCAACAUCAGCAACAUCUGAUGCUGCUCUGGUUGAUGUUACACCACCUAAGACAGGCGACUUCUUCAUUGGUGACAUUCUUGACAGCCACAGUGUGGUGUCAGGAGACAGGUUGACUGUCCAUUGGGCAGGAUUCGAAGAUCCUGAAUCUGGCAUCCUUUCAACAUAUCUCGCCAUUGGAUCGACCAUCACUGGAGCACUGUCACCUUUCAAGAAAUAUACAGGAACAUUUGCAGACAUCAACAUGAAUGGAUUUACAGAUGGCCAUGAGUAUUUUGCGAGAAUAAUGAUUACAAAUCGAGCUGGCGUGACUUCUAUGGCGGUUUCCAAUCCCUUCACCGUGGACACGUCACCUCCUUCAAUAGGUGUUGUUGCAGAUGGUGAAAAGGGGUAUGAGCUAGAUUACCAGACUACCACUGACAGGUACUCCUGUUACUGGUCCGGGUUUGAUGAUCCCCACUCUGGACUUAUGUCCUUCCAUGUUAGUGUUGGGACUCAGCCUUAUUUGGACGAUGUUCAGAUCACAACUCAUGCUGGUCUGGGAUCAGAGCUAUCAUGGGCAGGAGACUUGCCUGUCGGGAUACAGCUCUACUGCACUGUUGAGGCGUGUAACCAUGCAGGUCUUUGCUCAAAGUCUGCAUCAGAUGGGAUCAUUCUCGACAACUCGCCUCCAGUGCCUGGCAUGGUCUUUGUGGGUCAUGAUGGACAGCACCACAAAUAUCAUGGACACGUUUCCACUCUUACUGCACAAUGGUUUGGAUUUGAGGACCCAGAAACAGGAAUAAACCACUUCGACUGGUGUAUUGGAACAUCCACGGGAAAAUGUGAUGUCCUUCCAAGUAUUAACAACCUCCUUUCUGACUCAGUUCUUAAAACUGGUCUUAAGCUGCCAUCUGGUCAUCCCCUGUAUGUUACUGUCAAUGCUACAAACCCAGCAGGUCUAGUGGCCACAUCCACUUCAGACAGUUUCAUCGUUGACGCAUCCCCACCAGUAGCGACAAAAAAACCUACGUUUACAUCACCCUACUCUAAAAACAUAUCUGCUGUGAAUGUGCAGUGGGAGAACUCCAUGCUUCAUCUUCGAUGGAAGUUCACAGAUGCUGAUAGUCCCAUUCAAAGGCACCUGGUAUCUCUGUCUACUCAUAAUGAUGGAGCAUCUGCUGUUGAAAGUAUUCAUCUGGGCGCUCAGGACUCCACCACCAUCCUUUUUGAAGCAGGGAAUCUAAUGAGAAGUGGAGAUGUCUACACCGCCACUGUCACUGCCUGUACUGCUGCAGAUCUCUGCUCCACAGCCACAAGUAACCAGAUUCGUAUAGAUUCUACUCCCCCACAAAUGGGAGGAUUCAAAUCCCCUUUAGCAUGGGAAAAUGCCAUUGAGAAAGGUGUAAGCAAGACACGUGUGAACCUGAAAUGGCUUGGCUUCGUAGACGCUGAAUCUGGAAUCCAGGUCUAUCAUAUCUCUGUCAGUCGAACAUUUGAUGGCAAUGAGUUAUCGAGAGGGAUCGUGGAAAUGAAACAUGACAAUAAUUCCACUGAACAAUCAUCUUCCUUCAUACUCAGUGAUCAGAUCAAAACUGGAGAAAAUAUAAUUCUGACAAUCUCAGCAACAAACACCGCCGGCCUAUCAAGCGGAGUUGGUAAGAUGACUGUGGCAGCUGUUGCCUCUGAUGCGAAACAUACAAAAGGGAUGCUGGAACUUCAACGCCACUCAUGCUCAGUUCAUUACUGCACUGGCGACUGCACAUGUGGCAUUUUAGGACAGCACUGUCAACUAAAUUCCUCUCAGCAGGAAUGUCCUGGUCCUACCACUAAAUGGAAGAGUACUGAUGUUGUUGUACAUUUUGGACUAGAGUCAGAUACUACAGUUACCAGCUCAUCAUCAUGUCUGACUGCUCAUUGGGAGGCCUCAUCGUCACAAGUUUUGAACAAAAUCUCUCGAUUUCAGUGGAGCUUUGGGGAAAAGGAAGACCGACCAGAAAAUGAUACCUUAACGACUAUAUGGCGUGAUGUAGGGAAAGGUACAAGCGUCAUACACUGCCUUCCUAACGGGGAUUCCUUGCAUCAUGGUACAGAAUAUACCAUCUACGUGAAAGCCUGGUUUAGCUUUAGUGAAUAUGCUGUGUUCCAGUCUCGUAGUAUCCUGGUUGACCACACACCACCUGCAGUUCAGAGGGCUAAGUCACCUCUAGAUUCAGAUGUGUCUUGUAAAAUGGACUUGGAAUAUUUCAGUCAUGGACAACCAAUAAGAGCAUGUUGGGAAGGCGUAUUCAACGACACACAAACGACAUUGAAAGGCUUUGAAAUUUCGCUUGGCUCAUCACCAGGAGGAGAUGAAAUUAUACAAGCAAAGUUCACAGGUAUUGCGACGUCCUAUCCGAUCCCUGUGGGACUCCUAAAAGGUGGUACGAAAUACUACACUAGCAUCAGAGCAACCAACUCGGCCGGUCUGCAGACUGUAGCAGUGUCUGAUGGUUUUGUAGUUGAUGAUGCACCACCUGUAGUUGGUGUAGUCUUCAACACUGACCGCCACAAGAACAUCGAGUUUCAGUCAUCAAGCACAACACUGAAGGCUUCGUGGCAUGGAUUUGAAGACUAUCAUUCCUAUGUUCAGAGGUUUGAAAUCGCAGUUUUAAAAGAAGGAGAACAUAUCCUGGACUCCAUGUUCAAGUACAAUGGAAUGGAAAAUGAGAUCACCAUAGAAAAUCUGAAACUAGAAGAGAAGAAGAGGUAUCGCAUUGCAGUCAGAGCAGUUGAUGCUGCAGGCCUUCGCAGUAGUACUGCUGAGUCUCCAAGCAUACUGAUUGACACAUCAGCGCCUAAGGCGUUUAAAUGCAUAUCGUUUCACGACAAGAAAUUGAGCUUUACUAGACGUAGGUACCAAUCACGUCAAUACGACGCAAUAGCGCUAAACGCCGUUGAGCAUCUGCAGGAGAAUACAUUCUAUCAGAUCACAGUGAGAGGCGACUUGGACAUUCAUAUGUCUCGUGUCAUUUUCUCACUUGGCAGUCUCCAUAUUCCGGCUAUGUUUGAAAGAAAUAUCUCAGUAAUACAGGCCUCACAUAGUUUCCUGGUCUCGCAUUCUGGCCUUACUAACAUUACUAUAUCAAUUACGGGGACUAAUGCAUCACAUGCCUUAGAUGUGCAACUUGGGGUGUGUCAAAACGUAGCAGAGACUGAUCCAACAAAUGGCAUCACAGUUCGGCAAAUCCGACCGUCUGUUGUUGCUGUUUGUGCCAGGGUAAUAGAUCAUGAAAGUGGAACUAAAAGUGUGUGGCUUGGAGCAGGAACAAGCAAGGGAGGAUACCAGAUCCGUGCCCUGUCUCCAACGUCUGUCAGCAACCAUGAAAUGAUUCUGGUGGAAGAGCCACAUGGUAGCCCUGUUCAUGUUACGGUGAUGGCAGAGAACAAUGCUGGUCUCAGAACCAUCUUCACAUCCAAGCCAAUCACCAUCGACCAUACUCCACCAAAGAUGACUAAUUCACAAGCAACGGCCGCUUUUCAAACGCAUAACGUCUUUCUUAAGAUGCGUUGGCAGGUUGAAGAUGCGGAAAGUGGAAUAAACACGUGUUUGUGUACAUAUGGAGCACACCCUCUGUCCUAUGAAGAUCACACAUGGGAGAAGUCGCAGAGCUUGACUCACUGCGAACUGAAGAACAUCUCUGCCCCUCAUGACAGUGUUCUCUACGUGUGGGCCCGUUGUAUCAACAACGUAAACUUGGAGACAGUUAUCAAGUCACAGCCUCUGCAUCUUGUAAAUCAUCCUCCUGCGCUCCCGCAGAACUCUCUGAAAGUCAUUGUGGACAAUAGGAUACCCUUUCCCUCCAAAAUCCAGGCAUACACUGACCGUGUGGAAUUCGCUUGGCAAGAAGCGAAUACUCCUUGGAUCGGUACCUAUGAAUGCCGCCUUCUCGAACAUGGUAAACCUGUAGCAAAUUGGGUAUCUACAGGAAAGAAGACCUUUGCAACACUUGACGGGUUGAGUCUACGAGAUGGACAUGUGUAUGACAUCCAGGUCCGCGCUGUGAAUGCGGGGUCCCAGUACAGCAAUGUUCUCAACAGUACCAUAGCAGUCGAGAGUCGGUCGCCCUCGACCACAGGGGUCAAGCCGACAGCGACACUGGUGAAAGGACACCUAAACGUAGACUGGCCAAGAGUAUUUGAUGAUUUGAAGAUGCAAACCAGAUAUGAGACAACCAUUGGGACUAGACAAGGAUUUAAUGACAUUGUUAGAGACAGAGUUUCCUUUGACACACAUCUGACAACUAUCACCCAUGCAAAUGUACAUGAAAUCUUUGUGACAAUCAAAGCAAAUUUUGUAACUGGGAAGUUUGGCAUAUAUUCCCACGUUGUUUCUCUACAUUAACUACCAUAUAUGCCUGACCACAGAACUGACUUUAAAGGACCCCACAUGUCGAUGGGUGUGGUUGCUUCUGUACAUCAUAUAUAUUCAAGAUAACCUUUCUGAACGGAAAAUAUAUAACAGAGGAUAUUAUUCGCUAUAGUUUGUUAGUUGCUGUGCUUUUUAUUUUAAUAAAAGGAACGAAAUCCGAA